GUGGGAGGGAGUUGAACGUGUGACCAGUCGCAGUAAACUUUCUAUCACUUUCUAAUAGAGUUAGUUUAGUUUGAGCUGAAAUAAGGGAAGAUGGCGCGGCGGAGCUACUGUGCCACGUCUUGUUACACGACAAAAACCAAAUUAAAUCCCUUUAACUCUUUUUUAUGUGCUUUUAUUUCAUUUAUAAGUCUUAGUCCUUUAAUCGCCGAAGCCGGGCUGUACACAGAGUCGGAUCAGAUUAUUAUUUUAUCACCGGAGAACGUGGACUCCGUAAUUUUUAACUCCACCGCGGCUCUUCUCGUGGAGUUUUACGCGACCUGGUGCGGACACUGCGUCGCGUUCUCACCCACCUGGAAAAACCUCGCCAGAGAUAUUAAAGAAUGGAAGCCUGCUGUUGAUCUGGCUGCUAUUGAUUGUGCCGAUGAAAGCAACAGAAAAGUGUGCACCAAUUUCGGCAUCACCGGAUACCCCUCUCUGAAGUUCUUCCCUGCUUAUUCAAGCCGUGAGUCCAAGGGCCAGGAGUUCAGAGGAUUUUCGAGGGAUGUGAGAGGCCUUCGGCACUACAUUAUCAAUAAGUUGGAGAUGCACAAUGAGACGUGGCCACCUGCUUGUCCACCUUUAGAGACCGCUAGUGAGGCAGAGAUAGACAACGUCUUUCAGACCGACAAUGUGAAGCUCCUCGCUCUUGUGUUUGAGAGUAAAGGAUCCUACGUGGGGAGAGAGGUGACACUGGAUUUGUUGCAGUAUGAAAACAUAGCUGUGCGCAGGGUUUUGGACACAGAGACGAGUUUGGUGUCCAGUUUUGGUGUCACCGAUUUUCCGUCAUGUUACCUGUACAACUCAUCCGGAUAUAUCUCUAGACUCAAAGUACUCAAUGAAGCUCGUACCUUUUACUCAUACGCCCUCCAGAGGUUGCCAGGGGUAGUGCGGACAGGCAAACCCCAGAUUCCCAUCAAUGAUCUUAUCAAGAACUCAGCUCUACAGGAAUGGAGGCCGUUUAACAAGACACGUGUUUACAUGUCUGAUUUGGAAUCAGCGCUGCAUUACUCUCUGCGUGUAGAGCUGUCUGGACACAUCAGCAUCAGUGGAGAUGAUCUGAUUGCACUCAAAAAGUACAUAAAUGUACUGGCUAAGUAUUUCCCAGGUCGUCCAUCUGUAAAGAGCGCACUGAACACGGUGGACAGCUGGUUACAACAACAGAAGGGGAUGGAGAUCAAAUACAGUGAUUUUAGAGAUGUCCUGGACAACACUGUGCAGACGAGUGAUGCAGUGUUGCCUGAGGGUGUACAGUGGGUGGGCUGCCAGGGAUCCCAAGCCCAUUUCCGUGGAUAUCCCUGUGCUGUUUGGACCCUCUUCCAUGUGCUCACGGUGCAGGCUAAAGAAAUGUCCAGCCCAGACCCUCAGGAAGUGUUGCAGGCAAUGAGACGUUAUGUCAGCAGUUUUUUCGGGUGCAGGCCAUGUGCAACUCACUUUGAAAGUAUGGCCCAAGAGAGCAUGGAUCAUGUGACCUCGCUGUCCACUGCUGUCUUUUGGCUUUGGUCUCGCCACAACCAUGUCAACAACCGUCUGGCAGGAGAACUCAGCGAAGACCCCCAUUUCCCUAAGAUUCAGUGGCCGUCUCCGGAGUUGUGUCCUAGCUGUCAUGGUUUAAGGAAGACCGGUGAGCACAGCUGGAACCAAGAAGAGGUGCUGACCUUCCUCCGAAACUACUUUUCUUCAGCUCACAUUCUAACAGACUACCUGCGGGACGAGACCCAGGCUCUCAUCUAUCAGAGGAACCGACUCACCGCAGCUCGGAUGGAGAAAGAAGCUGGACGCGGGGCGGAAAGGAGAGCUCGAGAGGUUCUGGACAACCACCCUGCUGAAGAGCAACAAGAAGAAGAGCAGCAGGAGGAGGAGGAAGAAGAAGAACCAGCACUGGAGGAGCAAGCUGGUGAGCCGUACCCUGCAGGAUUAGAGAGAAUGGGGGCGGCUGAAGCAGACAAGGCUGAUAACCAGGCACCCUGGGAGAAGCCACAGCUCCCGCAGUCCCAACACAAACCAAAAAUUGUGGGAAUGAAAUUACGGGAGCCCCAGGAAGACAUAGUAGACCUGGAUUUAUUUGUCAACCAACACUAUAAAGCCAAAGCCCUCCGAGCUGCAGCCAUGUCUGGUGUAGUGCGACGGAGGAGUCUGAAGAAGGAGGAGGAUGUGGAAGACCUCCAGUUUGAGGGAGGCUGGAGGGUGAAGCGAGACCUGGGAAGCCAGGAAGAGAACCUCGGUGCUGGGGUCAGGAUAGAGCCGUACCCCAGACACCAAAGCAAGCGCUGGAUGUCCCUGCUCAGCGUGGGAUUCUCCAGGCUGGAUGUGAGCCUGUGCGUCCUGCUGUACCUCCUCUCCACCAUGUGUCUGCUCGCCAUGUACCUGUAUUUCAAACUGAGGAUAAAGCUGCGACGUGCUAAAGUGUCUCUGCCCUAGAGCAUCGCUCCAGUGCAAACUUUUACUUUUUAGCAGGAAUGACCAAAUCUCACAAUCUGUGGCUACUAGAGAAACCGUCAGCUUCAGCGCCAAAGUAUUCAUGCACAGAAAUCGAGAGUUUACAAAGAACUGUUUUUAAUUUGAUGGUAAUUAAUGUUGUUUUACAGAACUUGUAUUCCUUUUGUGAGUUUCUUUCUUUGAAGCAUCUAGCGAUGGAAAAAUUAUAAUCGUAAUUGAUGUCUUUUAUUUGUUUAUCUUACAAAAACAAAUUUUUGUAUGACCACUCAUCGAAGAAUUCUUAAACAAACAAUUUAUUGCAUUCAGCACACAUCAUUUUUAAAAGCACCAACCAUUUUGUAUAAAUUUCCCAAAACCCCAAUUAACUCUUACCGUGGUUAUCAUAAUGAAAAUAUCUGUGUGUUUAUUUCUUUUUAAUUUCACCGUGAUCUCACUGCCUGUCCAUUCACUGUGCCUUUCUGAUCAAAUAUUUGUUUUGUUUUUUCUGAUUUUUUCACAAAAAUAUUUUAAGAUGUGAAUUUGUACCACAGAGCAACUCUAUACAAAUACCUGAAACAAUAAGAAUCACAGAUGGGUUUUGCCCAUUAGAUAAGCAACAAAAUAUUCAUACUGAAAUGGAAUGCUUUGCUGGGUAAAAUCUGAUUAAAAUUAUUUUUUCUAAAAA